UUGCUACUUUCUCCAUUUUUCAGCGUUGACAGCAUUUAUAUUAAUUGUGUAUCCGAAAAUACCGAGCGUGACAUAUUAACCGUCAUUACAAACAAGUUUCGCAAUUCAAAGAAAAAAUUGCACACUACCAUAACAUUUUCAGAUGUGAAAAAAGAAGCUGCGAAAUUGAACAAGAACAUAAUCAUUGUGCUCGAUGAGAUAGAUUAUUUAAGACCAUGCGAUCGUAAUUUUCUCUGCUCAGUAUUCGAUUGGCCGGUAUUUUGUACCCGAAUUUCAGUAAUCGGUAUCGCCAAUGCUCUGAAUAUGGAUGAGUUGCAAAGGCAUCAAUUAAAACAUUCACCGAAGCAGAUUAUUUUUGCUCCCUAUAGUAAAGAUCAGUUGCAGUUCAUAUUGUCAAAAAAAUUAGCGACUAACAUUAAUAAUACAAAUGCUAUUGAACUUUGUGCUCGAAAAGUAGCUGCAAUGACGGGGGAUGCACGAAAAGCAAUGCAAAUAGCGCGCUGGUCAGUUUCCAUUGGCAACUCAGAUAAUGUAUCUUGUCGUGAUGUUCUUGGAACUAUUAACAGUAUCUACAGUUCUCCUCUGCAUCAGGUGAAAAUGCCACUGCAACAGAAAAUACUUUUGGCGACAAUGCUUCGUAUCGUUGGUGACAAGGCCUCUACUGUUGUCAAUAAAGGUUAUUUACUGUCGGCGUAUGGAAAAGUUUGUGAACGACUAUUGCUACCAGCUCUUGAGGUGGAUGAAAUACACGGAGCAUUGUCAUUACUUGAAGCGCAAUCAAUUUUGGAGUCGAAACCUUCUUCAUAUCAAUUACUUGUUGAUAAAGCGUCUUCAAAUAAAAUAAUUGCUGAUUCUACUUUGAUUUCACAAAUUAAUAUGAUUGAGUUGGAGGAUACUUAGUA